AUGGAAUUAGUGUUUGAAGUGUUGAAACAACAACAUCUGUAUGCCAAACUCAGUAAAUGUCCAUUUAACAAAACUGAGAUAGAUUAUUUGGGCCUUAAUAUAUCUGGAAAGGGAGUUACCACAGACCCUGCCAAGAUUCAGGCUGUUAUGUGUUGGCCAACCCCUAAAUCAGUGAAAGAAUUUAAGAGGUAUUAUGGAAAAUUUGUCCACAAUUAUGGUAUAAUCAGUAAACCUCUUACUGAUACGUUAAAAAAGGAUGCUUUCCAAUGGAUUGAUGCAGCUCAAUAUGCAUUUGAUAAUCUUAGAACAAUCAUGUCUCAAGCACCAGUAUUAGCACUUCCUGAUUUCUCUAAGCCAUUUACUUUUGAAAUAGAUGCUAGUGGUUCUAGGAUGGAGGCAGUCUUGCAACUGAAAGGGCAUCCCAUUGCAUAUUUCUCUAAGGCAUUUGGUCCCAAAACAAAGGCCUUGUCAGUCUGUUAG